UGAGGCCUUGGAUUAGCCCUGGAUUAUUAUGUAUUACUCUAAGGCUCACCUACUAUCAUCUAGCUAGAUUUUCCACUUUAUUUCUACACUACGUUUAUUGGCUGUAUUGGUCGCUAAACAUCCAAUAUCCCUACUGCGUAAAAUAUGUCAAAAAUAAAGUUAAAAGCUGACGGGAUACUGAAUUUGAAGUAAACCCGGAACUAAGAGACCAGCUGCUUGUUUCCCCCGGACAGUUUGAAAGACGAGCCAAACAACAGUCACGUGAGCGGUCCCUGCCUCAGCGGCGGCACGUUUCUUCUUUGGAAUUUACCUCGGUUUACCGUGUUGUUGCAGUCAGCAGUUUUUCACCCAGCCGGUGCAAACACCGCACGGUUUCACUGGCGAAGCUAACAGGCUAACGCGCUAACGAGUCAUGCUCCUGGUGGACCCCGGUCUGUACAUCGGCACUGUGGCCGACCUCCAUCAUUGCACUGCAUUGCACAACUCCGCUGUCACUCACAUCCUGUCCGUGGACUCUGAGAAGCCCGCCCCUCUGGAUCCUGCUGAUGGGAGCUUUCACAGGAAGUGGGUCAAUGUUUCGGAUGAGGUGACAUCUGACCUCCUGAGUCACAUGGACGACUGCUUCCUGUUCAUUCAGGAGGCUCUGGAUGGAGGCGGGGCUGCACUCGUUCACUGUCAGGCUGGUCGGAGUCGCAGUGCCACCAUCGUCACUGCUUAUCUAAUGAGAAGAUACCAGCUGGGCUUCACCGCGGCUUACCACAGACUGAAGAGCGCCAAACCGGACGUACAGGUCAACCGUGGUUUUGAGGAGCAGUUGUGUCUAUACGAGGUCCUGCUGUGGGAGGUGGACACGUCCAGUCCUCUGUACAAGCAGUACAGACUGACCAAGCUCACAGAGAAGUACCCUGAGUUGCAGCACGUUCCCAGGGAGCUCUUUGCCGUCGACCCGGCCCACUGCAGCUCCUCAGAGGCGUCCUAUCGCUGCAGGAAGUGCAGACGAUCCCUGUUCCGUGGCUCCAGUAUCCUCAGUCACCCAGUAGGAGAAGGAGCACCUGCCUUUGGCCACAGGAAGUCCAGUAGCCGCACUGGAGACGUCCGGUGCACGUCCUACUUCAUCGAACCUGUGCAGUGGAUGGAACCCUCUUUACUUGGAGUGAUGGACGGACAGCUGCUGUGUCCCAAGUGCCGCUCUAAGCUGGGCUCAUUCAGCUGGUGUGGUGACCAGUGUUCGUGUGGCUGCUGGGUCACUCCCGCCUUCCAGCUGCACCGCAACAGAGUGGACGAGAUCCGACAGCUCAACACGCAGACGUGACAUCUUCAAGGCGGCUUCACCUUUAUUUCUUUCUGAGAUUGGUACAGUAACAACUAUCUCAGCCAUUAAAUCUAUCUUGCCACCAAGUGGGCACAAAUAAAUGCAUCUUUUAAAUCGAAAGCCUAUAAUAGUAUGGUUGUCUCCACUUGGUAAACGUUCAAUGCGGUGACUUUUAUACCAUGGCUACUAUUUCACUGGAACAAGGAUCCUUUAGAAAUGUCUACCUGUUCAAAUCUGAAAGUGUACAGAAAUGACAAAUAAACACAUUUUACAGACAUUCUAUAAAAGAAUUCAUUAAGAUUUGAAGAUGAUGUCAUGUCCCUGAUGAUUUGAGAUUUGAAGUUAUAUUUCCUCCCAGCAGAUGAAGUGCACACAGUGUGCUCUGUCAGCGUUUGUCAGAUUUGGUAAGAACACAUCCGUUAGCAUUUUAGCUACCGGCCUCCGCCUCAGGCGUUAACAAAUCUGAUUCAGCUCCAAGGAGCUGACCGAGUCUGCCCCCCCCGGACUGAAAGUGGAAGCUGGUUCCACAAAAGAGGAGCUUGAUAACUACUUUUUAUAACUCUAGGAACCACAAGUAGCCCAGC